CAGUCUCAAGGCCCGAGAUCAAUUUGUCCGUGGCCAUUUGGGCUGAAGCAGUUUUUCGUCCACAUCGAUCGAGGCCCAUCUGCCUCCGCCAGUUUCUUGCCCAGAGAGUUCAGGGCCAACACGCCCGCCUUCGCGCUGCCCAUGCCUGGCCUGCGGCCAACGCUCCUGAUCCUUGGCUGGGCCCUCGCGUCGUUCGCCGUGAACGUGCCACGGCUGGGAAGCGGCCGCUGCGGCGACGGCAGCGGACGGCAGGGAGGGGCGGUGGCCCCCGACGCCGAGGCAUCCUGUCGUGCGGGCGGCCUCUCUCCCGGAGGUGGCGGGGAGGACGGCGCGGCGACGGCGGAGAGGAUGGCGGUCUCUGCCCUGCAGAGCUCGCUGGCGGUGCAGCCGCGCGGGGGGCCGGCGGGGGCGCCAGACCAGGGCAGCGCGGCGGAGGGAGGGAGGGCCGGGGGGGGGGGCGGCCGGUCGCAGCCUGCCAGCGGGCCGGCGGCCAGCGACCCCAGCAUCCCGGGCGUGAUCUUCAUGGCGGGGCCCUGGCUCCCAGGCGGCGUGGUGGCAGAGAGCCUGCCGUUUGUGCCCGCGGGCACGGAGGUCCGCUUCUACGGCUACGGCCAGGUCGACAGGUCUGCCGCCAGAAUCUCGGCCGAGCUCGAGGCCCUGGGCGUGCCGGGGGUGCACGGGGCGAUGCGCCAGCUCCGCCCAUGGUCGUUUCGGAUGGACCUCUGGCGCUACCUGAUCCUGUGGGAGAACGGCGGCUACUACCUGGACGCCAAGAUCGUCCUCCGGCAAAACCUGUCCAGUUGGGUUGGCGCGAGCAACGGCGGGAGCUUUGUCGCGUGCAAAGCCAAGUUCAACCAGGUCGACGAGUCGAUCGACAGGGUCCGCGAAAACGAUGGGUCCAUUCAAGCAGGGGCCCCGCCCUCAUAUCAGUCAUGUGCGCUGGCCGCACGGCCCAGAGACCCACUGCUGCUGAACGCGAUUCGGAGGAUAGUCAGCAACGUGCAGUCUCGGUGGUAUGGCCCCCCUCCCUCGUAUGGCCCCCCGUGGCUUUUUAUCACUGGCCCUGGCCUUCUGGAGUCGGUCAUCGAAGAAGGACGUGUGCAGCCUCACGCGCACUGCCAGUUCAUAGAAGAGCAGUCGAUCGACGGGGGUGAGCCCGUUGAUGGAAGGAUUAUACAAACAGACCAAAACACAACGCUCAUGGUUCUGUCGUCCAAAGUGCACGAGGAGAUGCGUACCUGUUCUACGUGCAACUCAUACGAGGAUCUCUACGACAUCAGGGCAGUGUAUUGCGACGAAUAUGUGCCGCCAGGUCAUGGUGAUGAUCCAUGUGUUGCUGAUUACUUCGAGAACAUGUCACACGAUGAGGAAUGGUUGUCCUUUACUAAGUGAGAUCGCCAGCCAGAUGUUGUUCAAAUUCGUUUGGUUUUUUGAUGUUGGGGAGCACGGCCGCUUAUAUUCACGGCACGAAUGCCCAGAGUCCGUUUACAUACACGGCGCAUAUUGCCGACAUGCAUAAGAGUUCUUGUCUAUUUGAUAAGCAACUCCAGCUCCAAGUUCUGCCUCUCGGGACGGAGACGGAUGUGUUUGCCCGCUUCCAACCCUCGAAGAUUUAUGUUUCUGGGGGAAAUCACCGUGGCGACGUACCCAACCCUUGCGCAAUGCGGGGCGCAAAUACAUCAGGAUUGCUACAACGGGUGUGAUGACGUAACAUGGACGCAUGUGAUCUUGCGGGCAGCAAUCGGAAGGCUCGCAGGCCCCCGAUCAAGAAAUAAGGGC